CCGUCCUCGCGCUCGCCCCGCUCCGCUACCGCGACGCUGGUGGAGUCACUGACACGGAGACCGACGGACCUGCGGGCGUAGCGGCUGGGGCCCACAGGUAGAAUGGAAAGCCUUGCAUUGCUUAAUAAGGACCGGAGUGAGGAGGGCAUCACCAGCUACUCAGCAACAAUGUCUUCAGAAGUGGAGACCUCAGAGGGGGUAGAUGAAUCAGAGAAAAAGAACUCCGUGGCCCCAGAGAAGGAAAACCAUACCAAAAUGGCAGACCUCUCUGAGCUCCUGAAGGAAGGGACCAAGGAAGCACAUGACCGGGCAGAAAAUACCCAGUUUGUCAAAGACUUCUUGAAAGGAAACAUUAGGAAGGAGCUAUUUAAGUUGGCCACUACUGCACUUUAUUUCACGUACUCAGCCCUUGAGGAAGAAAUGGACCGAAACAAAGACCACCCAGCCUUCGCCCCCUUGUAUUUCCCCACGGAGCUACACCGGAAGGAAGCACUGAUCAAGGACAUGGAGUAUUUCUUUGGUGAAAACUGGGAGGAGCAGGUGAAGUGCUCUGAGGCUGCCCAGAAGUAUGUGGACCGGAUCCACUAUGUCGGGCAGAAUGAGCCAGAGCUGCUGGUGGCCCAUGCUUAUACUCAUUACAUGGGGGACCUUUCAGGAGGCCAGGUGCUGAAGAAGGUGGCCCAGCGGGCACUGAAACUCCCCAGCACUGGGGAAGGGACCCAGUUCUACCUGUUUGAGCAUGUGGACAAUGCCCAGCAAUUCAAGCAGAUCUACCGAGCCAGAAUGAAUGCCCUGGACCUGAAUUUAAAGACCAAAGAGAGGAUCGUGGAGGAGGCCAACAAAGCCUUUGAAUAUAAUAUGCAGAUAUUCAAUGAACUGGACCAGGCUGGCUCCAUACUGGCAAGAGAAACUGAGGAGGAUGGACUCCCCAUGCAUGAUGGGAAGGGAGAUGUACGUAAAUGCCCCUUUUAUGCUGCUCAGCCAGACAAAGGUACCCUGGAAGGGAGCAGCUGCCCCUUCCGGACAGCCAUGGCUCUGCUGAGGAAGACUAGCCUCCAGUUCAUUCUAGCUGCCAGUGUGGCCCUGGCUGCUGGACUCCUGGCCUGGUACAACAUGUGAAGGACCUGUCAUGUUAUUUGCAUCCUACCCCAAGUGACCUGUUCCAUCCCUAACUCCACCUCUGACUAAACUACCACCUCAGGCAACUUUUUUAAUGCUGGGUUUGAGAAAACAAGCAACCAAUAAAAGCCAGACACUAGA